AUGGCUGAUGAACCAAUGGAUGUCGAUGACUCCAAUACCCCGACUUCAAGCCAAGGUAUGGCAAUCCAAUCACAAAAUUCAAAUGCUGACUUGUCAACAUUAUCCACGGAGCUAGUUCGCUACUUUCUAUUUAAACAGUGUAAUCGAACUCCAAUUAAAAGAUCAGAUAUUUUAAAGGAUGUGCUUUUCGAUUAUAAAAAAUAUUUCGAUAAAGUCAUGACGUUAGCGAAAGACGAACUGUUGAAAGUUUUUGGUGUAGAAGUAGUGGCUAUAUCUCGUGAUCAAGGCGACGAAUCCAUCAAGGAAAAAACCAAAACUUCUGCCGAAAAUCGCUAUUUUCUGCGUAACACUUUGCCAACGGAAAACCAAAAUAUCAUUAAUAGCACCGAUCAUAUUGAAGAAUAUGGACUGUUGACAAUCAUAUUAGCCAUCAUCUUUAUGAUAGGAGGCACGAUGAAAGAAACCGAUUUAGUAGAUAAGCUGCAAGCCCUCCUUGAAUUUGAUAAACGUAAACCUCAUUAUGUAUUUGGUGACAUCUCCAAAAAGAUUGAUCAGUUUGUAAAAACCAUGUAUUUACAUCGUACUAAAGAACUUGUCAAUGGUGAAUUUAUCAUCGAAUACUCCUGGGGUCAGCGAUCGCGAGUAGAAGUAGACAAAAUGGAAAUUCUCCGGCUUGUUUCUGAUCUCAUGGAUAUACCCGUUGAAUCGUUGACUUCCCAAUACCAAGAAGCGAUGCAGCAGUGA